AUGAAGGCCCUUUCUCCCCUGCUGCUGGCUGGAGCGGCCUCGGCUGCCAUCGCCCCUCAGCAGCAGCCUCUGCAGCUCCCCAAGUCAUUCCCUGCCGAAGCCAAGAACAUGCUCGAUAACCAACUCCACCAUCUCAAGGAUGCCCUUCGUGGUCUCACUGAAGAGGCGGCCAAUAUCUGGGACGAAGUUGCGGCUCUCUAUCCCGAAGAUAUGAGCCGCGCCAGCUUCUUCUCUCUGCCCAAGAAACACACCCGCAGACCGGAUCACGAAUGGGACCAUAUUGUUCGUGGAGCUGAUGUUCAAAGUGUCUGGGUCGACAACGCCGAUGGAGAAAAAGAGCGUUAUGUCGAUGGCAAGCUUGACACAUAUGACUUGCGAGUGAAGAAAGUCGACCCCAGCUCAUUGGGCGUCGAUCCCAACGUCAAACAAUAUUCGGGGUAUCUGGAUGAUAAUGAGAAUGACAAGCAUUUGUUUUACUGGUUCUUCGAAUCGAGAAAUGACCCAGAAAACGACCCAGUCGUUUUAUGGCUCAACGGCGGCCCAGGCUGCUCUUCUCUGACCGGUCUGUUCCUCGAGCUCGGACCUUCGCGCAUCAACGAGAAGCUUCAGCUGGUUCCGAACCCGUACUCGUGGAAUGACAAUGCAAGCGUCAUCUUCCUGGACCAACCUGUCAACGUUGGCUAUUCCUACUCCAGCUCCAGUGUCUCCAACACCGUGGCCGCCGGCAAGGAUGUCUAUGCGUUGUUGACCCUCUUUUUCGAGCAAUUCCCCGAAUAUGCCAAGCAGGACUUCCACAUCGCCGGGGAGUCGUACGCUGGGCACUACAUUCCCGUCUUCGCUUCAGAAAUCCUGUCACAUAAGAAAACCAAUAUCAAGCUUACGUCGGUCUUGAUUGGCAAUGGCUUGACAGAUGGAUACACCCAAUACGAAUACUAUCGACCAAUGGCGUGCGGUGACGGCGGGUGGCCGGCCGUGCUUGACCCACAGUCCUGCCAGGCCAUGGACAACGCCCUUCCUCGCUGCCAAUCACUGAUCCAAAACUGUUAUGACAGCGAGAGCGUGUGGUCGUGUGUCCCCGCCAGCAUCUACUGCAACAACGCCUUGCUCGCACCUUAUCAACGAACGGGUCAGAACGUCUACGAUGUCCGCGGCAAGUGCAAGGACAGCAGCAACUUGUGCUAUCCCGAACUUGGCUGGAUCAGCAAGUGGCUCAAUGAGAAGUCGGUGAUGAAAGCACUUGGGGUGGAGGUUGACGGCUACGACUCGUGCAACUUUGACAUCAACCGCAACUUCCUGUUCCAGGGCGACUGGAUGCAACCUUUCCACCGACUUGUGCCGGGUCUUAUCGAGAAGAUGCCAGUCCUGAUCUAUGCGGGGGAUGCCGACUUCAUUUGCAACUGGCUGGGCAACAAGGCGUGGGCGGAGGCGCUCGAGUAUCCUGACCACAAGAAGUUUGCGGCAGCUGACAUGAAGGAUCUUCGGCUGGACGACAGCAAGGACGGGCGCAAGAUUGGAGAAGUCAAGUCGCAUGGCAACUUUACCUUUAUGCGUAUCCAUGCAGGCGGUCAUAUGGUCCCUCUGGAUCAGCCAGAGGCCAGCCUGGAGUUUUUCAACCGCUGGCUGGCGAAGGAAUGGUUCUAG